AUGCCUUCGCACGCGUCCCCCUACCCUGCGCCUGCUCCCUUUCGCCCAACUCUCCCGCCUCCGACUCGCCCAUUUCACUGCCCCCGCCGCGCCUGCACGAGCUGCGGGCCUCUCUGCGCGCGCCUGUCUCUGGCGGCCCGCCUCUUUGCGCCCUCGCGCGUGCCGCCUCUUCCGCCCACGCGUCAGUGCCUGCGCUGCGUCCGCAGAAUAGCGCCCCUCACCGCCUUUCCCUCCCGCGCGCACGUCCCGCGCACACCACGAUCGCGCGCCGUCCGACUCCCGCCCAGUCGGAAUUCGGAAGCUUCCGCCUGCAUCGUCCACACCUCCGUCCGCGCCCGCAGCGGCGGGCAGGGGCGGUGUGCGCGUCGGCAGAGGAGCCGUUGCGCGGCGGACCAGGGGGCACUGCGGCGAGAUCGUGAGGAGGGACGGAGACGCGGCGGGGGGCGACAGCUUGAGCGCGCGGGGAGAGAAUUGGACAGGCGGGGCGCGGGGCGCGAGAGCCCGUUCCGGUGGCAGCAGGCGGAGGCAGAGCGCCUAUCCGGGGACAUGCGCCCGUGGGCAAAAGACAGGGAGGGGCGCGGGGACGGUGGCGAGGGGAGACGAGGCGAGGGCGGUGGCAGUAGCGGCAGCGAUGCGGAGGGGGAAGAGGGAGGCAUGGGCGGCAGAAGCAGGGCGCGCAGCAGCAGGGGCAGCAGCAGGGCGGAGAGGGGGGGCGUGGUGGUGCGCGGCCCUCUUGGGGCGCAGCAGCAAGACCUCGCGUCCUUCUUCCGCACCCAGCGGACGGGCAUAGCGCGCAGGGGCAAGGGCGCAAGCACCAGCCUCGCAGGGAGCGCGAGCGUGGCGCAGCUGCGGCUGGGAGGCAACGAGCUGUCAGGGUCCAUCCCUGACACCCUCUCCACACUCACACAGCUCGUCGCCCUCAAUCUCUCCACCAACCGCCUGUUGGGCUCACUGCCCUCAGGCUUGGCGGGCCUGCAGCAGCUGUCGGUGCUGGAUGCCUCCUGGAACGCCCUCACCGGCUCCAUCCCUUCCACCCUCUCGUCCCUCCACUCCCUCAACCUCUCCUCCAACUUCCUCUCUGGUCCAAUCCCCGCCGGCCCACUUUCCGCCUUCCCCGUCACUUCCUAUGCUAACAACUCCGCUCUCUGUGGCCUUCCCACUAACGUCUCCUGCUCCCCCUGCCUCCGCCCUCCUCCCCACCUCCGGGAAAUUCAGAUGGUGCAAUGUGCCCGGCACGCAGUGCACGCUGGCCAUCAAGAGGCUCCAUUCGUCGCUGCCCCUGCUGCACUCUGCCUCUCCCGCUACCACGGCCAUGGGCAAGGGGGCAAGAAGGCCAAGGGGGCCAAGGGGGUUUCAGGGGAGGAGGCGAGGGAAAAAGCGGAGCAGCAGGCGAACAAGGAGGUGCAGGCGAACAAGGAGAUGCAGGCGAACAAGGAGGUGCAGGCGAACAAGGAGGUGCAGGCGAACAAGGAGGUGCAGGCGAACAAGGAGGUGCAGGCGAACAAGGAGGUGCGCACGCUGGGGCAGCUGGUGCGGCUUUACGGGGCGUAUGUGAACGUGGCGGCAGGCGACAGGUCGCUCAUCUAUGACAGUAGUGAGGGCAGCACGGUGGUGAGUGGGUCCGGAACAGGGAGUGGUAGUGGAUCAGGAGGGAUAACCGAGUCCGGCAGUGGCAGUGGGACGGGGAAUGAUAGGGUGACAGAGAAGGGUAAUGGUGUAAAUGAGAACAGUGGUAGUGGUAGCAGUGGUGCGUGCAGCAGCAUCAACAGAGGUACCUACACAACCUAUGGCAAGCCAUGCAAGGUUGAUGUGACGCCUUCAGCAAUCGCUAGUAGCAUCGACAACAGCACUGCAAGCGAGCCUGCAACAGCAGCCAAAGUCAUCUGGGGCAGCUCCAUUGCUUCCUUCCGCUCUUCUCUUUCCACCACUGCCCUCUUACGCUUUUCCCAAACCUCCAAGCCUGCACAGCCUCCCUUGCCCUCUGUCUCCUCCGGCCCUCAUCUGCUUCACCGCGAGCCUUUCAAGCUUGAAUCUCUCUCCUCUCAAGCAACCUUUCAUCCACCCCCGUCUUCUUCAACCCAAGCAUCUGCACCGUCACUGCCAUCACCGCACCCCUCCUCCACCACUCUUUCCUCUGCAUCCCUGCCGGCUGCCCAACACACGUUCACGGUGCGGGUGGCGGGCUUUGGGCUGGCAUGGCAGGUGGGCGUGCGGGCGGCACACAUGUCCACGGCCGUGCUAGGCACGUAUGGCUACAUGGCGCCAGAGUACGCGCAGCAGGGGAGGGCCACCACAGUGGGGGAGCAUGCUACAGAUGUGUUUGCAUUCGGGGUGGUGCUGCUGCAGCUGGUGUCGGGGCGAUGGCCGUACGACGAGGAGGUGGAGGACAGGGGGCUGGCCAGGUGGGUCUUGUCGUCGCCUGUUUGUGCCGUGCUGGACCCGCUGCUGGGGCCAUGUGCAGUGAGAUAA